AUGAUGCAGAAUAAAAGAAUGUGCUUCCCCUUCGCCUUCACCUCUGUCCAUUACAUUCGUUCUUCACAUUAUCGUCACAUCAGCACUCAACCAAUUUUAUGGUUUACAUCAACACUUACCACCCACCAUGGAUACCUUCCAAUUUCUCCUCUGGCUUCCAGCCAGCCCCCUCAGCCUCGCCCUCCUCGUCCUGGUAGCCAUUCUUGUCAGCAUCCUGGUUACCUUUUACACCACCAAGCAACACUACCAGAACUCGACAUUGAUCACCACCACUACUACCACCACCACCACCAGACAACAGACCCCAAAGGAUCACCAGCCGCAACUCCCCGCUGCCACCCCCGAGACAAGACAGCAACUCGUCCAGGAGUCACUACUCCCCGCCGAGCAGCCCACGGCAACGCGGCCGAUCCCAAUCCCCAUCCCGACAUCACCAGUAGGCUGGCGCAACUCCUUCGGUCCUGCCGUGAUGCACCCCCCCAAGAGGGAUUCGCUCGUGAGCUCGGUCAGCGCAAGAAAGGGGAGCUACUGCGCUAG